AUGGAGCAGGAAUUUGCUCCUGGGAAGGCUGUGUCUCAGGCGGUGGUGGACAGUGAUGUGCUGCCCAGCCUGUCCACUCUCCUCACCUGGAGCCCCACCUACAGGAGCAAAGCUGCCAACGUCAUUGCUGAGCUGGCGAAAAACGACGAGGUGAGGCAGCCGUGUAUCGAUGCCCAGUUGGUGCCAGCGCUGGUGCUGCUCCUGGACAGUACCGAGCAGGAGGUUCUGCUACACGCUGGCAGAGCCAUCGGCCGCAUCUGCUUCGAGAAUCGCGAGCUGCAGGAGGAGCUGGUGUCAAUGGGAGUCAUCACGUCCCUGGUGAAAAUAAUGAGCGAGUCGUCCACCAAUGAGGCGCUGGUCAAUGUGUGCCUCCUGGCUCUGGGCAACCUGUCAGACAUUGAGGAGGCCAAGGAGCAACUGUGUAAGACUCUGGUGGCCCCGGAGCUGGUCAAGGUGCUGAGGAGAGCCAGGACACACGACCGGCAGGAGACUGUCCUUGAAGUGCUGGCCCUGCUCUCAGAGAACGAUGUGCUCAAGAUGCAGCUGGUGGGGGCAGGGCUCCACGAGGCUCUGGCUGAUCUCGUGCAGACGCUGAUGGACAGCCCGAGGGGGGAGGACAGGAGCAACCUCAAGGCUGCCUCGGAUCUGAUUGUCCACCUGCUGCUCGGAGACGAGUCGAUGCAGAAGUUGUUUGACAACGGCUCUGGUGUUGUCUAUCGUACGGUCGUCUCCUGGCUCCAAACCAGCAACAACCAGCUCCAGCUCGCAGGGGCUCUCGCUGUGGCCAACUUCGCUCGUAACGAUGGGAACUGUGUGGGGAUGGUGGCCCUGGGUGUGGUUCAUCAUCUGCUGGACCUGCUGGAGCAGCACCUGGACAACGGCAACGCGACCGUCCAGCACGCAGCCCUCAGUGCCCUGCGUAACCUCGCCAUCCCAGUUGCUAACAAGGUGCGGAUGCUGGAGGAGGGGGUGGUGGAGCGGGUUCAAAGCCUCCUCACCUCAGACAGGCCCCCCGUCCAGUUCAAGCUGCUGGGGACCCUCCGCAUGCUGGUGGACGGACAAGCGGAGGCGGCUGACCUCUUGGGGCAGGAGCGGGGUUUGCUGCAGAGGCUGGUGCAGUGGUGCGAAGCCAAAGACCACGCCGGUGUCCGCGGGGAAGCCAACCGUCUCCUGGCCUCUCUCAUCCGGCACAGCAAGUCCCAGGACGUGGUGGGAGCCGUGGUGCAGUCGGGGGGAGUGAAGCACCUGAUCUCCAUGGCCAUCAGUGAACACGUGAUCAUGCAGAACGAGGCUCUCAUCGCUCUGGCUCUGGCAUCAGCCCUGAAUUUAGACGCGGUGGCUGGUGUGUACCUGGAGGCCGGGCUGGUGCCGGCUCUGCAGCAGCUCCUGGAGAGCGAGGUGUCGGCGGAGGAGGUGAAGUACAAUUCCAUGGCGUUGCUCUGCAGCCUCACCAACUCAGGGGACCUGAGGCAGCAGAUCGACGACAAGAACGUGAAGGAGUCCCUGGAGCGCCUGUGUGAGCACACCAACCCCCGGGUGUCUGAGCAAGCCUGCCUGGCCCUGCAGGUGCUGUGUGGGGGGAGCUGA